AGCCAAGCAAAAUUGGAAUUGUGCAUUGAAAAAUCAUAAUAUAUAAAAGAUAACAUGUAGUUUGUCAUUAUAUGUGCUCCUUUACAGUGAGAAAUUACUAUUUAAAGUUUUAAAUACUAAGUACUAUUUAAAUACAUUGUAGGAAGUUUUUUACUAAUACACCAUUUUCUCUUUUUUAUCAGUAAUAUAUGUCUAUUACGAUUGCUAUAAAUUCUUAUUAAGCAAAAAGACUUAUAUUUUCUAUACACUAUACAGUAUAUUAGUUACGUUAAUUCCCAAUUGUACUAUCAAUGUGAACACAGCAAUUAUGUUCUUAAUUCUGUAAAAAAUAUGAUUUUAUUUUGUUAUACAUUUUGAACGAUAUAAACAUAACCUUCUUCAGGCGUUAAAGUCUCAAAAUUAAUUGGUAACUUUGAGAUUUUGUAAUGUAAUGGAUGUUUCUAAAAACCAGCAGAGAUACAAACAUUACACAUGCCUGUGUUUUUCAGUAAUGGGACAAAGAAGAUUUAGAGUUUCGGUAAUUUAUAAUGCUAUUUUUAUUAUGCUACUAUUAUUUAUUUGGUUACCUACUAUGUAUAUAUAGCGUUUCAUUGUAAAUCACUUUAUUAGCAUUUUUUUUAUUUCUUUAUGAUAUACAUACGCAGUAUUGAGAGAUAUAAAUUUAUACAUACGGUAAAACUGAUAUUUAUAUGUAAUUUAACAAUUAUUGGAUAAUUUACUAAUCAUCACUUUGAGAUGGGUGUUCUUAUUGCUUCUCCGGAAGCAGGAGAUGCAUCAAUUAACAUUAUACCGCAAAUGAAGAAACAUUCUGCUAUUUCUGGAGAACCUGCUACAAGUUUCGUUUCCACAAUACCAGAAAGAAAUGCUACUAAUCAAACUGCUCUAAUGGGUGUAUCGAAUUAUAAUUCCACUAAUAGUAUGAAUAAAGAUGCAUACAGACACACAGUUUUAAUGGAAAAUAAUGUUUUUGAUAAGAUGUGCAAUUCCACAAUUAAUGAUACCUGCCAAUUCCCCUAUUAUAGGAGCAAUAGAAGUGACAGCAAAUGCUCUGAUGCAGUUUUAGUAAAAGAUGUAGGUGUAUCAUGUAUGCUUUUAAAGCAGAAUACGUUUGAAAUACAACUUCCUCAAACAAAAACUCUGAUUAAGCAUCUUAAGAAAGAAUACAAUGAUUUAACUGACAUUGCAAAUAGAAUAACUACAUAUACAAAAGAUAUAUUAAGUCAUUUACCAAAGAAAAAUCAAAGAAAGCAUCAGCUUCUUAAAAAUUUGGCUGCUUCAAAACAUGCAAUAGCAUCUCAGUAUGUAGAUAGUAAAGGUAAUCUCUGUUUAAAAUUGAGACUUUUUAGUAAUGCUGAAACCCAGUGUAUGACUGAGCAAGUUGUUAAGGAUUUUGACAAUACAUUAUUCAAAAGCAAAUAUAUUACGAAGGAAUUGCACAGUAAAAAUUCAAAAACACGAAUCUUGGAUAAAGGUCAUCCAACACUUGAAGAGAGAAAUAUGAAAUCAAAAUAUGAACAUGACACGUCCAUUCAGCGAAGGAAUGUGGAAACAAACACUCCAAAUUCAACAUCAACUAGUAUUUCUUCAAUUUGUAAUCAUUUAAUGAUGAGAAAGAAAAAAACAUCAAAAGAAUUGUUAACCCCCAAAUUAAAAAAACGUGAUGACAUACAUAAACAUGGCAUAGUCGAAAGAUUCAGUGAUGAUAAACACUACACAAAUCAGUUAAAGUUAAAAAACCAUAGUCCAGUUACAUUUACUAAUUGGAAAGAAAUUUCAAAAUCGAAACAAUCCAAACAUAAAACAUUGUCUAUCUUUCCUUAUGAAUCACAACAAAUGGCUAACGCGAAAAACAAAAUUAAACAAGGAGAAUUUAUUAACUAUAACACAGUUAACAAUAUAUCGAAUACAAAGUUUCAUACAGUUAAUAUCCGAAUUGUAAAAAAAAGUAAAAAAAAUGUAUAACUUUUCUAUUUUUCAUAUCUCGAUAUAUUCCUAUAUAAUAAAUAUUUUUAUACUAUUUUAAA